ACCUUCUUGCCUGAGUUUCACAGCGGCGAUCAGUUGUUUUUUCAACUUAAAACCUAGCGGACGCGCGGCGGCGGUUAAAAGAGUUAACAAAAAUAUCCAGCACACACACACACUCGAUCGCACGCACACUCGCACCAAAAACCAAACUAGAAAAAAGACAACAAGUCAAAGUGGUAGAAGCAACAGGUCAAGAAGAAGAAUCAGACUUGUUUGUUGGCUUUUAAUUAAUGUAGUUAACUAUUCAAAAGACCAGACAAAAACAACGCGGGCGUUGAAUCAAACAUUACUGUAUUGAGAAAUAUUUCUGUGUGUGAGAGAAAAGAAAGUGCAAUAAAAACCAAAAAUUGUGAAAAGCCAACAAGUGCAAUGUAUACAACGUGUUGAACGGAAAAAAAUACAUAAAACAAGAAAACAGUAAAAACAGUUAACUCGCCGCGGAGCGAGCGAAAGAGAGUGGGUAAGAAGGAGAAGAAGAAGCAGUGAAAGAAGAGCAAGAGGAAGCUGUAGAUAUCAUUUACCAACAACCUGUCGCAUCCCAACAACAACGAGUGCGAAAGAGAUAAAAAGCGCAAGAGAGGGGGAGGGAGAAAACCGAUUGAGAACCACUUGUUGUUGCUGCUCAGCCGCUGGCGGAGUAGCCCUGAGAUGCAGAUCAUCCCAAGCUAAGCUGGAAUGAGGCUUCAGGCUAAGGAGCAGAAUCACUAGCAAUAGACAUAGUCAAGGGAUCCAGCCAACCAUCUUUAGCACAAUCAUCACAGAAAUAGGUUAGCAAAAUGCAGGUUCCCGAACACGUUGUUUCACUGUACAUCGCCACGUGUGGCCAGAACGGAUCCGGGCUGGGAUCGGAUGAGAAGGAGAUCAUAUUGCUGGUCUUUGUCCUCUUGGAGGUCUCCACUGGACAGAUCGUGGGCACCAAACAAAUACUCGUGCGGCCGGAUGGCUACUUCAUCAAGGAUCGCACCAUCUCGAGCUCCUCGGACAACUCGAGUGCCACCAACAACACGGCCAGUUCCCCGCCCCUGGCCAUCGGGGACACCAAUAACGGCAACGGAGCAGGCAGUGGCAACGGGAGCAGUCUGGAGAACGGAUCCGAGCUGAUUCUACCCAUCGCAGAGGCCCAGGCGGCGGGGAAACCAUUGAGCGAGGCCAUCGAAGAGUUCGAUGCCUACCUGCGAUCUCUGUCGCUCCACGACGCCGACAUCAAGCUGGUGACCGAUGGCCAGCUGCCCCUGAGGCAGUGCCUCCACCGGGAGGCCAGUGCCAAGGAUGUGGAGCUCCCAGCGUACUACAACCGCUUCAGCGAUCUGCGCAAGGAGUUCCUGCGCUACAAGUCCGGCGAUCUUGCCCGCGCCCUCGUUCCCGUCAAGGAUGUCAAGAAGAUGCUGCAGGCUCCGGCGCUCCCAAUGCCGCAAUCCAUCGCCGAAAUGCUGGCAGAACUCAACGUCUCAUCGGUGGAAGACAACGACUUUUACAUACGCGAAUCUCGCGAGAUGGUCACUGUGAUCCAGACCCUGCUGCAGGCAGGUCACAAAUUUGCUGCAAACGAGGUGGUCAACCUGGUACUGGAACCUGGAAUUUGCUCCAUUGACGACGAGGUCGACGGGAAUUGCAUUGUGCGGGCCAGAGGACUUCCCUGGCAGAGCAGCGACCAGGACAUCGCCAAGUUCUUCCGCGGACUCAACGUAGCCAAGGGCGGCGUGGCCCUCUGCCUCUCUCCGCUGGGUCGUCGCAACGGCGAGGCUCUCAUCCGCUUCGUCAGCCAGGAGCAUCGCGACAUGGCGCUCAAGCGGCACAAGAACCACAUCGGCGCCCGCUACAUCGAGGUGUAUCGCGCCUCCGGCGAGGACUUCCUGGCCAUCGCCGGCGGAGCCUCCAACGAGGCGCAGGCCUUCCUCUCCAAGGGCGCCCAGGUGAUCAUUCGGAUGCGGGGAUUGCCCUACGAUGCCACAGCCAAGCAAGUGCUGGACUUUUUCACCACCGGCGAUACGCCGCCGUGUCACGUCCUCGACGGAAGCGAAGGCGUUCUCUUCGUGAAGAAGCCGGACGGACGGGCCACCGGCGACGCCUUCGUGUUGUUCGCCCACGAAACGGAUGCUCCGAAGGCGCUGGGACGGCACCGCGAGUCCAUCGGGCAGCGGUACAUCGAGCUCUUCCGCUCGACGACCGCCGAGGUGCAGCAGGUGCUCAACCGGUCGAUGGACCCCAAGAACUACGAGUCGAGCGGCGGCCACAGCCAGCCGCCACUGAUCGCCCAGCUGCCGUCGAUGCAGCUGCCGCUGCUGCCGCAGGUGGGUGCCCACAGCCUCGCCCACGGCCUCGGUGCCAGUCCAGCUAACCUGCUAAACCCCUCCCUCCCCCCGCCUCCCGCUCUCCCUCUACCCACACAGCACCUCAUCACCUCGGGCACCACCAAGAACUGCAUCCGGCUGCGCGGACUGCCCUACGAGGCGAUGGUCGAGCACAUCCUGCACUUCCUCGACGACUUUGCCAAGCACAUCAUCUACCAGGGCGUGCACAUGGUGAUCAAUGCUCAGGGUCAACCCAGUGGAGAGGCCUUCAUCCAAAUGGAUUUGGAGGAGUCGGCGCGUCUGUGUGCGCAGCGGAAGCACAACCAGUUCAUGGUCUUUGGAAAGAAGUUCCGGUACAUCGAGGUGUUCCAGUGCUGCGGCGACGACAUGAACAUGGUCCUCAAUGGCGGUCUGGCCUCGCCGGUGGCCCAGCCGCCGCCCCCACAUCAUGGCCACGCCCACAAGCAGCCCUCGCUGCUGGCCGCCACCACGGGUAUGUUCAGUACGGCGGGUCAGUCGCCGACGACCGUUGCCGCCGGCACAGCUCAAUCGCCGCUCGGCGGCUCACAUACACACUCACACCCGCACACACAUGCGCAUGCGCACACCCCGGGCCACGCCCAUGCGGUUGCAGCCGCCGCCGCCGCCCACCACGGACUGUCCGCCUCGACGGCCAUGUUGCCGGGUCUCUCGGCCGCUUCCGUUUCCGGUCUGGCCUCCUUCAUGGCCGCCGGCCAGCCUUCUUCGGCGCCCGCUGCCACCGCCCACUCCGCUGCCUCGCUGCAGAAUGCAGCCGUCACCUUGACUCCCCAGGGUUACGCCCUCAAUCCCUUUUCGCUGCCACCACCGGGAUCUUCUGCCGCUGCUGCGGCAGCUUCCACACCCGCUUUGCUGGCCCAACAGCAGGCGCAGUUCAUUGCGCAGCAGAGCCUCUUGGUGCGCCAACAGGCGGCGGCUGCUGCUCUGGCCGCCGAACAGCAGCAACAGCAGCAGCAGCAACUGUACGCUAGUGCGAUGCUGCAGCAGCAUCCGCUGUACCUGCAACAGCAGCAGCAGCAGCAGCUCUACGCGAGCGCCAUGUUGCAGCAGGGACAGCCGCAAUUCGUGCUCAUGCAGCGGCCGUCGACCGCCUACUUGCCGCCCUUUCCGCUCGGCUACAUGUCCGCCGCGGGGGCGGCAACGGGCGUGGGCGUGGCGCCAGGAACUGCCGCCGCCGCCGCCGCAGCUGGAGCGGCAGCAGCAGCGGCCACGUCCGCCGGCGGCGGCAACUCCUCGCUGAGUCAGUCGAUGAAGCGAUCGUACGAGAAUGCCUUUCAACAGGAGGCAGCUGGAGCGGCAGCGGCAGCCAGUGCGGCCAAAAGGGCCUUGAACCGACAGACCAGCAGUGUCUAUUCGUACUACAAUCCGAAUAUAUAGUAACCGACAUAUAGACCAUAUAUAUUCCGGGCAGAUAAGGCCCGGGUUUUAACCUGAAAUAAGAGCUCCCAAAACUCCAGCACUUCGGGCACAUUCCGCGAGUGGGUGGGGUGUUCAUAUAUAAUACCAACAUUAAGGCGCACAGACAAUCAUACAUAUAUAUCAUGUAUCAUCAUGGCCACAAACACACACACACUCAAACACACACACUCACUUGCAUACCAGACAUUCUCUAGAUAUAGAGCUUAAUUAUUACCGACUUGGAACGUAGACUUAAGUACUUUUCUUGUAUGGAGUACUCGUAGUAGUCUAAGCAUACUUGUCUAUGGUCUAAGCGAAUAAUACUUACUAUAUAUACUUAAUAUAUAUACACACGCGGGCACACACACACAUACCCACAAGCACUGCUCACCCAUAUAUAUAUACGCAUAAGUACACCGGCUAACAGAGGGAAUUUAUAAGAAAAAGGAUCUUGAGUCCUGAUCACUUGUGUUCUACUAAGCAUUCCACAUCUUUGGAUCCUACUUUUAAAUGUUCUUUUACGCUUGGUGUGUGUGUGCGUGCGUGUGUGGUACGCAAGGGGGAGUAUAUAUCCUGGAUGAGGUAUAUAUAGUCCCUUUACGAUCCCCCGAUUCGAAGGCAAUCAACAGAGGCUAACGUGGUUCAUGGAGCGAGCGAUAGAAGGAGAGAUCUUGUGGGUGGUUCGGUGGCCACCACGCCCAUUUAAGUGCAAUCUAAUUUUAGUGUUAACCCUUUGGAACCCUUUUUUUAUAAAGAGCCACCCCCGCCCAUGGGCCAUCCUCCCCCUACUCCUCCUCCCUCCAUGAACCAAGUCAGGUGUUGGCUCAAGCGCAAAUUUAAGCUGAAUUUGAAAUCGAACCCCCGAAACGAAAUCAAAAUCGAAAUCGAAAUCGAAACCGAAGUCGAGAAUUACGGGCUAACACGAGUUAAGCGAAUAUCACGAAACCAUGUUUUGUAAGACAAGCGUCUUUGGAAUAACCGUCGAUGGGUGGAGUUGUGUGCCUAUCGAUUUAUAUAAACAUACAUACCUACAUUUAAAAACACGCUAGCUGUAAGAUUGUGCGACUUGUAAAAUGGGUUUGCAUAUUAAUUCUACCGGCGAUCUUUUCCCGUGUCUCUCUCCAUGGCCGCUAACAAUCAAAUCAAUUAUUAAUAUAAUCUCAUCGUCUGACUUGCAAUAUCGUACACCCUAUAAAUACAAAUAGUGACUAGAUCUAAUGGUGUAGCUCUUAAGUGUGCGUAACUGGUGUUAGUCGCAAUCCGGGGUAAUUCUCUCUACUCCACUCUAUCACUCUCUAUAUCUAUAUCUCUCGAUAUCGAAGUGCCUUUUACUGUUUGUGUGUUCUCUGUCAUCACUAAUUUAGUCGGGAUCAGCUAGAUCAAUGGUCUAAAGCUUGUUGUAAGUCGGGGCGCUUAAGUGUCUAUAUAGAUAUAGUGUGUCUAGUCUGCAUAAUCGGAUGAUAACUGGUUACUGGUGACUCGGGCUUAUAUCCCUGCAAAAUGCUUGUUGGCUUUAAGUCGCUCUUAACUAAAUUAUAUAAUUUAUAUAUUUCUGCAAUGUAAGUUAUGGAACUUUUACCGAGAUAAAAACGAUUUUCAAGAAGCAUUUUGCAAAAUGUGUACACACAUAAGAGCUUUUGUCAGCGUCUUCCGGAAGGACCUUUCCACCCCCCCCAAAAUCCCUAAAAAAAUAAAACCCAAGCUCCUUGAAUCCACCUCUCUCUUCUCCUGCUGCGUCUAACACUGAGUUCCGUUCGACUUGGGAGAAUCGAGCUUUGCCGGGGAAAGGCAUGGGAAAGAUAGUCUGCGCCUAGCCUAAUCCUUAGUCUAAUUUAACCAAUAGUCUUAUGUAGAACGGCAAUCGAGUGGCUUCCGAGCGGGUUCUAUGGCCACUUUAAACAAACAAAAAAAAAACAACACACAUAAUCAAUAAUAUCUACUUAACUAGUUCGUACGCACAGCAGUUUUUAAAUGUUUUUUGGAAACUUUACGAUUUUUGAUAUUCCAUUCUUUUUUACCACUAGAUGUUAGUAAACAACAAUCUUUGAUUAAUUUUUUACAUCAAUAAAAUACGACAUACCGCCUAAACUAA